GUGAUUCUUUCUUCAAACUCUUUUUCUCCUUACUCUCCUCCAUAGAUAGCUUAUCUUCUUCGAUCUCUCUUUUCUCUCAUGGCUUCUUCUUCUUCGACUCAGAUCAGAAGAUACCAUGUCUUCCCGAGCUUCCACGGCGCAGAUGUCCGUAAAAGGUUUCUCAGUCAUUUACACAAUUACUUUGAAAUCAAAGGGAUCACGACUUUCAAGGAUCAGGAGAUCGAGAGAGGCAAUUCGAUCGGACCUGAGCUCGUGAAAGCGAUUAGAGAAUCCAGAGUCUCGAUCGUUCUGUUCUCGACGAACUACGCUUCUUCGAGCUGGUGCUUAGAUGAAUUGGUCGAGAUCUUGAAGUGCAAAGAAGCUUCGGGGCUGAUCGUGAUGACGAUUUUUUACGAUGUUGAUCCGUCCAGUGUACGGAAGCAGAAGGGAGAUUUCGGGAACGCUUUCAUGAAAACUUGCCAAGGAAAAACAGAGGAAGUGAAGCAGAGAUGGAGCAAAGCUUUGACUGAUGUCGCAAACAUCGAAGGAGAACAUUCUCUCAAUUGGCCUAACGAAGCAGAGAUGAUCCAAAAGAUUGCUAGAGAUGUUUCGAACAAACUGAAUGUUACACCUUUCAGGGAUUUUGACGGGAUGGUCGGACUUGAAGCUCACUUGACAAAUCUGAACUCGAUGUUAUGCCUGGAGAGCGAUGAUGUGAAGAUGAUUGGAAUUUGGGGUCCUGCCGGAAUUGGUAAGACUACCAUUGCUAGAGCUUUAUACAAUCUACUGUCUAGCGAUUAUCGACUUAGAUGUUUUAUGGGGAACCUUAGAGGAGGAAGUUUUAGGAGCAUGAUUGGUGUUGAUGAUUAUGAUUCCAAGCUGUGUUUGCAAAACCAACUUCUAUCCAAGAUUUUGAACCAGAGGGAUAUGAGGGUACAUCAUUUCGGUGGGAUAAAAGAAUGGCUACAAAAUCAAAGAGUGCUUAUCAUUCUUGAUGAUGUAGAUGAUCUAGAGAAACUAGAGGCUUUAGCUAGAGAACCUUCUUGGUUCGGUCAUGGAAGUCGGAUCAUCGUGACCACAGAAGAUAAAAAGAUUUUGAAAGCACAUGGGAUCCAAGAUAUCUACCAUGUGGAUUUCCCAUCCAAAAACGAGGCUCUUGAGAUCUUUUCUUUAUCUGCUUUCAAACAAAGUUCUGUACGAGAUGGUUUUGAAGAGCUUGCAAAUAGAGUAGUAAAGUUUUGUAGCAAUCUUCCAUUAGGCCUUUCUGUUGUGGGUUCGUCUUUGCGUGGGGAGAGCAAGAACGAGUGGGAAAUUGAGCUAUCUAACAUGGAAAAAAGUCUUGACAGAAAAAUUGAGGAUGUGUUACGAGUGGGAUAUGACAGAUUGUCGAAGAAAGAUCAAGCUCUGUUUCUCCACAUUGCAUGCUUCUUUUUCUUCCAUGAAGAUGUUGAUCAUGUGGCAGACAUGCUCGCUAAUAACAGUAACAUCGAUGUUCCAAGUGGGUUGAAGACCUUAACUGAAAAGUCUCUGGUGCAUAUCUCUCAUUAUAGACAGAUAGUGAUGCACUCUCUACUACAACAGUUGGGUAGGCAAGUAGUUGUUCAACAGUCUGACGAGCCUGGGAAGCGUCAGUUUUUAGUAGAAGCCGAAGAGAUUCGUGAUGUACUGGAAAAUGAAACAGGUACUUCAUCUCUCAUAGGUAUAACAUUAGAUACGACCUAUAUCGACAAGCUCUAUAUAAGCAAGCGAGCCUUUGAAGGAAUGCACAAUCUCCAAUUCUUAAGAAUUUACCAACGAUUGGGUGGUAGCUUCCUACACAUAAAAGAGGACUUGGAAUAUCUACCUCGUCUAAGGUUACUAAAGUGGGAUUACUACCCGAGUAAAAGUCUUCCUGCAAGCUUUCAGCCAGAUCGUCUCGUCGAGCUCAAUAUGCAAUUCAGUAAUCUCAAGAAGCUCUGGGGAGGAAUCCAGCCCCUUGCAAAACUCAAGAACAUAAAGUUGGACCAUUCCGAUAGGUUGAAAGAAAUCCCAGAUCUUUCGAAUGCUACUAAUCUUGAGACACUGUCACUUACGUUUUGCUCAAGUUUGGUGGAGCUUCCCUCCUCUAUUAGGAAUCUACACAAACUGAAGAAGUUGCUUAUGAGAUGCUGCGAAAAGCUACGAGUUAUUCCCACCAACAUCAACUUAGCAUCUCUUGAGGAAGUCGACAUGAGUAACUGCUCGCAGUUGAGAAGUUUUCCAGAUAUCUCGAGCAACAUCAAGACUCUCCACGCGAGAAACACACAGAUAAAAGACGUCCCUGCAUCAAUUGUUGGACGUUGGUCUCGUUGUGAGAAGCUUGCGAUAGGCAGCAGAAGCCUUGAGAGAUUAACACAUGUCCCGCUAAGUGUUACCUCGCUAGACCUAACCAACAGUGAUAUAAAGAAGAUUCCAGAUUGCAUCAUAGGUCUCCAGCAUCUAGUGAAGCUCGUCGUCGAGAACUGCACAAAGCUCGAGUCAAUUCAGGCUCUUCCCCCUUCGCUCGUGUCCCUAAACGCAAACAAUUGUGUAUUUAUGAAGAAAGUAUGUUGCCCUCUCCACAAACCAGUCGAGGCACUCACGUUCUACAACUGUUUGAACCUGGAUGAAGAAGCAAGAAGAGGAAUCAUACAACAAUCGGUUCGCGAUUAUAUAUGCUUACCAGGUAAAGAAGUCCCUGCAGAGUUCACUCACAAAGCCACAGGAAAAUCCAUAAACAUCCCUCUGGCUCCGGGUGGUGAAGGGACUUUCUCUGCUUCCUCAAGAUUUAAGGCUUGCCUUCUGCUUUCGCCAAUUAAGCGGCGUCGAUUUAUUAGUAUAGUUUGUAGACUAAGAAGCAAAGGAGAUGUUACAACCAAAUUUCGGAGAUCUGUAUGGUAUUAUGAUCUGCCUCCUCUAUCGAAACAUCUGUUUAUAUUUCGUGGUGGUGAAAUUGGUGUGGGUACGAGCGAGAUUACAUUUGAGUUCAGCUGCGAUGACAACGAUGCCAAGAUCAUUGGGUGUGGUGUACAGUGUAAGAGUCGUGACUCCACAAGGAAUGUGUUACACAUGGAAGAGCGGGAAUAACACAAGUUUGCAAGUGACACAUAGGAUGCAGGAUGAAUGCUAACGUGGCACCACUGAUCCAAGGAAAGGAAGAAGAUCCUCAUAACAAGAAAGGAAGAUCAGAAUCUUAACAGAAAACGGAAAAGAGAUAUACUCGAGACAAAAGGGUAUAAAUCCUAAGUGAAAGGGGCUCAGUAGGGUUAGCCGUCCUGAGCAAGUAUUGAGAGAGCAAUAUUCACAAGAAGCUGAGUGAAACGUGAGGUUCUUGGUGAGUGAUUGUAAUCUAGUUACACAACUGUUGUUGUGUUAGGUUGGGUAGAUUAGGAAUUGGUCAGUGUCGAGUUGCUGUGCAAGGUCGUGUAAAACUGAUUAGACAGAUCAUUUGUGAUUGUCUAAGUGAUUUCUAAUAAGAGGCAAAAAUGUGUUUUGCAAAA